AGCAGCAGCAGCAGUAGCACCAGGAAGAAGCAGCAGCAGCUGGAACAAUUGAAACUGUUUAAAUGAUGAAAACGUAUACAAAACGCUUAUAUUCGCCGCGUUAGUCAAUUCGCUGCAAAAUCCACACACAGACACACACUCUCUCUCACACACACACACAAACUGCCGUUACUGCAGGAAAAUUUUUACUUCAUUCGUAGUCCUGUAAAAGACGACGACGUAUAAAACAGAGCGAAAGCGAUAAAAGUUCUUAGUAAAAAGCUGAAAAUAUAAAAGUUGAAAAUCAGUUGAGAAUUUGCCAUUUGACUAAACGAACAAUUGAGCUGAAUCGGGCGAGACGAAACGCGUGUCAAAAUCACACUGAAUUAUUGAUCGAAUUGUCGUAAAUAAAAAGCGCAAAAAACUCCAACAGCAGGCAGCAAACUGGAGAGACACGAAACCAGAACCAAGGCUAAAAUUGAACCCAAAAAACCAAUAAGCAGUAGCUCAGUGUAAAAAAAUCGAAAAAAGACAUAAAUCGAGUGAAAAUCGCAACUCGCAGCGACAUAUCGAUUUGUGUGUAUUUGUGUGAAAAAUAACAGUAACGAGCUUACUCCCACGCAAAAACCCACGCAAACACACACCCACUCACUCACACACACACAAAACAAACACACACACACAGUUGGCAUACGUCAACAAUAAGAAGAAGAAGAAGAAGAAGACAAAAACAACUAGGAGCAGCAGAAGAGCAGUUGGUUGUCACAAGGAGCUGCGGCAGCACUUAAGGAAUUACCCCAGGAUAUCUGCUGGCAUCCGGGGCAAUCAAAGCCCACACACACAGCCGCACACACACAUACACAGCAAGAGCAACAACAACAGCAGUAGCUGCAGAUAAACAACCGUAACAACCUCAAGACACACAGUUAUGGCUGGCGGUGGUGAUCCCAAAUGGCAAAAGGAUGCGGCUGAUCAAAACUUUGAUUACAUGUUCAAACUGCUCAUCAUUGGCAACUCGAGCGUGGGCAAGACGAGCUUUCUAUUUCGCUAUGCGGACGACAGCUUCACGUCCGCCUUCGUCUCCACCGUGGGCAUUGACUUCAAGGUCAAGACUGUCUUUCGCCACGACAAGCGCGUCAAGCUGCAAAUCUGGGAUACGGCUGGGCAGGAGCGUUACCGCACCAUAACCACAGCCUACUACCGCGGCGCCAUGGGUUUCAUUCUGAUGUAUGAUGUCACCAACGAGGACAGCUUCAACUCUGUGCAGGACUGGGUGACACAAAUCAAAACUUAUUCGUGGGACAAUGCUCAGGUCAUACUUGUGGGCAACAAAUGCGACAUGGAGGACCAGCGAGUGAUUAGCUUCGAGCGCGGACGCCAAUUGGCCGAUCAACUGGGCGUUGAGUUCUUUGAGACAUCAGCCAAGGAAAAUGUCAAUGUUAAGGCUGUUUUCGAGCGUUUGGUGGAUAUUAUAUGCGACAAGAUGUCGGAGAGUCUGGACGCAGAUCCAACGUUAGUCGGCGGCACACAGAAAGGGCAACGUUUGACGGAUCCGACACAGGGCACGCCCAACGCCAAUUGUAAUUGUUAAACAGACACAAGUAGCCGAAUGUUAUAGACAAACUAACUAGCCUAUAUACACAAUACCACUACCACACCCACUCGUCACACCCACAUCCACACACACACACACACAGACAACCAGUCAGAACAGUUACAAUUUGAAAUUAGCAAAAGUUUAUUGAACGCAUUCGAUCGGCGGAGAAAUACUAAACGUAUAGACAAAUGACACAAGUUAUCCCCAUAUAUGUAUAUACUUACAUAUAUAUAUUUAUAUAUAAAAAUUUAUUAUAUUAAAUUAUAAUAGUAUGUUCAUAAUUAGUUUGCGUUCUUUGUGUAAAUGUCAUUUGUUCUGUGGAAGCAGCAGAUAAUCUAUUGAGGGUUAAGAUCAAAGAGAAUAACCUAAGUGAAAUCAACACAAUUUAUGCCAGCGAAAUAUCAAAUAUGUUUAAAUGUUUAAAUGUGCUUCGAGAGACAACGUUUGCUAAUUUGUCAAUGUGUUGUGUGUAAAUUGAUAACGAUUACGAUAAAGAUUACGAUAACGAUAACGAUAAUG